GGCAAGGGGGGAGGGGGAAGGGGAAGAAAAGCUGCAUCCAUUGGCAGCUUUGUUAUUGAUCAGGAUCGGCUCCUUUGAAGCUCCACUUCGCUCCCCAGCUCGCCUUUUUCUUGGAUUUUCGUCCCUUUCUGGUUCCCAAAGCUGACAGGUGCUUGGGAGUUGCUGCAAGUGACUUGUCUCCUCUUCCCUCUCCGCUCCCCCACCUCCCCCCCUUUACUUUCUCCCGGUCGCGUGUGCAGUUUACCAGCGCUCCCCCCCCCUCCCGCCCCCCACCAGUUCGGCACAGCUCAGAAUUGUUUAAACCUUGGGAAACUGGUUCAGGUCCAGAUUUUGCUUUGAUCCUUCAAAACACACACACACACACACACACACACACACACACACAAAACUGGAGACACAGAAGAGGGCUCUAGGAAAAAGUUUUGGAUGGGAUUAUGUGGAAACUACCCUGCGAUUCUCUGCCGCCAGAGCAGGCUCAGUGCUUUCACCCCAAGGCAGCCUUCUCCUGGUGGUGGUGAAAGAGAAUCGGGACUUGACGAUCUAAGAGAGCCUGGUGUGUGUGAUCUCUCCCCUUAAUCAGCCAAAUGCACCUCAUCGGGGUACUGCUGCUGACAUCUGCCCUGGCCAGCCAGAGAUAUGGAACUCAGGCUGAGUCCAAUCUGAGUAGUAAAUUCCAGUUCUCCACCAACAAGGAGCAAAACGGAGUGCAAGAUCCCCAGCAUGAGAGGAUUAUUACAGUGACAACGAAUGGAAGUAUUCACAGCCCGAAGUUCCCUCAUACCUACCCAAGAAAUACAGUUCUGGUAUGGAGAUUAGUAACAGCAGAGGAAAACAUGUGGAUACAACUGACUUUUGAUGAAAGAUUUGGGCUGGAAGACCCAGAAGAUGACAUAUGCAAGUAUGACUUUGUAGAAAUUGAGGAGCCCAGUGAUGGGACUAUUUUAGGGCGUUGGUGUGGCUCCAGUGCUGUGCCAGGGAAACAGAUCUCCAAAGGAAAUCAAAUCAGGAUAAGAUUUGUCUCUGAUGAAUACUUUCCUUCUGAACCUGGGUUCUGCAUCCAUUAUACCCUUCUUGUACCACACCACACAGAAGCACUAAGCCCUUCAGUGUUACCCCCCUCAACAUUGCCACUAGACUUGCUUAACAAUGCCAUCGCUGCCUUUGGUACAUUGGAAGAACUGAUCCGAUACCUGGAACCGGAUAGAUGGCAACUGGAUCUAGAAGACUUAUACAGGCCAACAUGGCAACUCCUUGGAAAAGCUUAUGUUCUUGGACGAAAAUCCCGAGUGGUGGAUCUGAACCUCCUAAAAGAGGAGGUAAGGCUGUACAGCUGCACUCCUCGAAACUUCUCAGUGUCCCUAAGGGAGGAACUCAAGAGAACUGAUACCAUAUUCUGGCCUGGCUGCCUCCUGGUGAAACGCUGUGGUGGAAAUUGUGCCUGCUGUCAACACAAUUGUAAUGAAUGUCAGUGCAUCCCAAGCAAAGUCACUAAAAAAUACCAUGAGGUACUUCAGUUGAAGCCAAGGAUUGGUGUAAGGGGACUGCAUAAAUCAUUGACAGACGUGCUCCUGGAACAUCAUGAAGAGUGUGACUGUGUGUGUAAAGGGAACACGGAAGGAUAAUAUAAUGAAAUGUGCUGCCUUUUUUUUCCCCCCAGAGCACAUUCAAUCAAUGGCUGAUUCUGUUAAUGGGGCUUGUGCAUUCUCUCCAUCUCUAAUCUCAGUUGUUUGCUUUGGGAACCUUCCAUCUUCAGGACUUAAAAUGUGUUUUCAAGGAAAGACACCAAACAGCGACCGUGAGUUGUACAACAGCUCUGUUUCGAGAAGACCCAAUCAAAGGACAGGAAAAUGCCACCAAUCAUUGGGAAAUUUAAAUACUGUAGGUAGCUAGCUAGUUACAUAGAUACUAUGUAUCUACUGAGCUAUCUCUGUCUUAUAUUUAAGUUGUCUUGGCAUUACAUGUGUUAAAAUUAGAAUAGAACACCUAUGUGCAUGUAUGAAGACCUGACCCUGCUGGCUGCCUUAAAUCUAGAACUCCACAUGCCUGGCCUAAAGGUCACAACAUCUGGAAAAUAUAUAUAUAUAUAUAUAUAUUUUUUUUUCUUCCUCAGCUAUCUAAAUCAGAAUGUUCUAGGUUUUAAAAACUUGGUCUUUAAAGGAACUUUCCUAUUAUGGAUUAAACUUAAUUUGUUUGAUGCUGGUAGAAAAGACUGGAUUUUUCCCUACUGAUUACUAAACUUCCUGCCAUUUGGAAGAGCAGAUUGGACAGCACAUGAUUUGGAAGAGACAAACUUUAAGAAGAACAGUGGCCUUAUCCUUACUAUGACCUUUGAGUGGUUUAUUUGUUUUAUUGUGUACAUUUUUAUACUCUUUUUGACAGUAUAACUAUUUGCUUUUCUAAUCUUGUUAAAUAUAUCUAUUUUUACCAAAGGUAUUUAAUAUUCUUUUUUAUUACAAACUAGAUCAACUAUUUUUUAGCUUGAUAAGAUUUUAAACCAGAGAUGAUAUAGCCAGAGGAACAAAGAUAUGGUCACUCUGACAAAAACAGCGUGCUAUGAUGUGAUCUCUUUGCGAUGCUUGAAUUUUCAAGUCCAGAGUGGAAUUUUGAAAGUGGAUGAAACCUGAAAUUUUUCGUUUCUCUCAUAAUAGAAGUGUUAGCAAAAAAGGAAAACAACAACACCUAAUUGGAGGUAGUUGUUCAAAUCCAUUUCAUUGUUAUUCCUUUCCUGAAUAAAAUGGGCUGUUUAGUCCCUUCUCCCCUGAUUUCCCCUCAACAACCAGAGAAUGCAAAGUUCCAUGAGGAAAGUAAACAAUAACUUCCUGACAAAGUAUGCUAGGCACAAAUCUUCUUAUUUCACAGAAAUGGCAUCUUGGGAACAAUGUGGUCAUUGGAAGAUUUCAAACUCUUUUCCAUAUACUUUUUAUAAAAUCCAAGGAUCUUUUCUUUUGUACAGUAUAUUGUUUAAAUAAUUCACUUACAACUCCCUUCGGCAAUUGAAAAGAAAACAGUAAAAUAUUUUGCUUGUAAAAUGCUUAACAUUGUACCUAGUUCAUUUUGUGACUAUUUGGAUUUGCAGAAUGUAAUGAAUCACCAAAUAAAGGAACAAGGAUAAUUUGGGGAGAAAUA